CAAGUAGGGAAAUACGGUGACGGAAACUGUAACAGUCCUUGUCCACCACAGUGUUAUGGUGGUAACUGUAAAUCCACAACAGGUGCCUGUUUCUAUUGCCCCCCAGGGAAAUAUGCCAUCUACUGUAACUCGGAUUGUCCCUCGAAUUGUAAAAACAGUCUUUGCACGAAGGACGCUGGUGCCUGCUUAGAUUGCGUUCCUCAGACGUACGGCGUUCGAUGUGAGCAUGCUUGUUCUGCAAAUUGCCUGAAUAGUCUAUGUGAGAAAGUCAACGGUUACUGUUACGAGUGCAUAUCUGGAAAGUACGGAAUCACAUGUGAUCAAAACUGUCCUGCAAAUUGUAGGGAUAUGAUAUGUGAAAAGUCCACGGGAAACUGUAUUGGCUGCAUUCCCGGAAAGUACGGGAUCACAUGUGAUCAGGACUGUCCUGCAAAUUGUAAGGAUAUUUUGUGUGAAAAGUCCACGGGAAACUGUAUUGACUGCAUUCCUGGAAAGUACGGAAACGCAUGUGAUCAGAACUGUCCUGCAAAUUGUAAGGAUAUGUUGUGUGAAAAGUCCACGGGAAACUGUAUUGAUUGUGUUCCUGGUCAGUACGGAAUUAGAUGCGAACAGGAGUGUUCGACAAAUUGCCUGGACCGACUUUGUGAGAAAGUCAAUGGGAACUGUUAUGACUGUAUUCCGGGAAAGCACGGUACUAACUGUGAUCAGAACUGUUCAGGAAAUUGCAGGGACAUGCUGUGUGAACGGGACACAGGAUCCUGUAAAGAAUGUGUUACUCAGAAGUACGGCAUUAAAUGUGAACGUAAUUGUUCAACAAAUUGCCUGGAUAGUCUGUGUGAGAAAGACAAUGGGAACUGUUAUGACUGUAUUCCUGGAAAGCACGGUUUUAACUGUGAUCAGAGCUGUUCAGGAAAUUGUGAAGAUAUGCUGUGUGAACGGGACAGCGGAUCCUGUACAGAAUGCGUAACUGGAAAGUACAGUAAUGCAUGUGAUCGGAACUGUCCUAGAAAUUGUAAUGAGAUGUUGUGUAGAAGGGACUCAGGGAACUGUAUAGAUUGCGUUCCUCAGAAGUAUGGCGUUAGAUGUGAUCAGGAUUGUUCUACAAAAUGUCUGGAAAGUCUCUGUGAGAAAGCCAAUGGAAACUGUUACGAAUGCGCUGCAGGAAGGUUCGGUAUUAACUGUGAUCAGAACUGCCCUGUAAAUUGUAAGGACUUGAUGUGUGAACGGGACACAGGACAUUGUAAAGGAUGUAUUGCUGGAAGUUAUGGUGUAACAUGUUCCUUGACUUGUCCAGUGACCUGUAAAGACUUCGUGUGUAAUCAACAAACCCGCCAGUGCUUAGAUUGCUAUCCUGGAAAGUACGGAGUGGUGUGUGGGGCUGAUUGCCCGGACACAUGUACGGACAACAUCUGUAGUAAGGACGAUGGACAUUGUCUAGCCACUGAUUCACCUAACACAGAGCAGUCCUCAGCCGAUUCUAACUCGACCAUAAUCGCUGUUGUUGCUGUUUGUGGAUUGCUUUUUGCUGCACUGACCGCUGCAGUUAUAAUGAAUUUCUUUCUUCGAAAAAGACUAAACAGAAUGAACUCGUCUGAUAAGAGUACAGAACAAUCCGAGCCGGAGACGGAGUAUACGUCUAUUUCUCCCCAACCUGAAGAAACUCCCCACGUCUAUGAAAUGAUGGUGACCUAAUUGUAAUGUGCAAGACAACCUCAUCGUAUUCCUCAUGUUGUAUCGAGAAAAAUAAUAAUGAGAGAGAGAGAGAGAAGGAAAGAGAGAGACAGACAGACAGAGAGACAGACAGACAGAGAGACAGACAGACA